UUGACACCCACCUCCACUCCCGUAUUCCCUAUUUCCCUCACUUGCCUUCUCCGUUCCUCUCUUCCUGGCGGCCGCCAUCAGUCCGUGAGGCGUCGAAGGACGGGUCUCGCUGACGACACGACUCCAGGGGCCAAGGCUCGCGCCGUGCCUGCCAUUCCCACCUCGUCGGUCGCCAUUCCCCACCCCGCCGGCCACCGGUCGUCACUCCCCACCCCGCGCGUCGUUGGCGCCCGCUGGAGAUCGUGCUUCUGCUCCUGGAACAAAGGGGGGCAAGGGGAGCAAGCCCAAGACGAGGAGUAUUCUAAAAAGCUUNUUGUGAGUGAUCUUGAGGUUGACGCUUUAACUAAUGUUGUGGCUAAACUGAAAAUUGAGGAAAAUAACAAGGAGGGAGAUGAGGACAAUGAGGUGGACAAUGAGGAAGCAAAGGACGUGGAAAGUGAUCCUGACAUCAUGGAUGAUGCUGAUGAACUGUAG